AUGAAACGGUGGGCCUGCAAGGCCGACAACAGGGUGUGGUUGCCUGUAUCCCGGUGGCUCUCAUCGAUUACCAAGAAGGAACCGUCAGCCACCACAACCGCAGGAACUCAUGAAUCUCUCCCGCCAACUCCUCGCGAAUUAAUUGCGAAACGAACCGUGUACGAACUGCCGAUUCUAAAUCGCAGGGUCUUGCCAGAGGGAGACGAGCCCCUCAAGGCUCUCUAUCGAAUCUACGAGCAUCUGCUUCUGGAUCAGUGGCUCGAGAUUCGAAAUGAAUUCGAGGCAUUUUGGUAUCACAGCUCCUGGGCCAUAUGCGAAAUACCAGACCCAAAAGACCCUGACUCGGAACGGUAUGCGUGCUUGGCCUGUAUCCCGAAGCUUCUGCGAGUGGCGUUUAACCAGCGCAUCCGGUUUGGGCUGCCGAGAGACGCGCCGCCAAUUUUUACCGGCGAGAUGAUGGAAGAAUGGAAAAAACGCGACAUGCAGUUCGAGGAGCUGCCUGCGUGGGUGGAAGGCGUGCCGCCAGUCCGGGACCUACUUGCGAUUCCGCACUGGGAUAACAGCGCAAGGGACUUUGUUACUUUGACAGGGCUUGAGGACGAGGGCGCCUCGUCCGAGUGUGCAAGCAAAAACAUACUUAUUCUGCAACCUCAUAUACAUUUUAUGUGA